AUGGCCUCAUCCCAAAGUGACCUCGUCCUAGUGACAGGCGGCUCAGGUUUCUUGGGCAGUCACUUGAUCCUGCAGCUCUUGUCGAAAGGCUACACCGUCCGCACGACCGUCCGAUCCACCUCACGUAUCGAAGAAACCAGAGCCAAACUCAGCUGUGGCGGUGCUACUCAAGACCAAAUCGCAAAGCUCGAGAUCCGAACCCUCGACCUCGUCACCGACUCCAACGAAGCCUGGACGAAAGCAUGCUCCGGCGCCGAAUACGUUCUACACACGGCGGGCAUGAUCGCAACCGGGAAAGAGAAGCAAGUCGACGACCUCCUCGUCCCGAUGCGGGAAGGCACCCUCCGAGUCCUCCGCGCCGCGAAAGCAGCAGGAGUCCCCAAAGUCGUCUUUACGAGCUCGAUAGCGUCCAUAGCGCAUGGCCACGGCAAACGGGGCAAGUCGGAACCUUUCACGGAGGAAGACUGGACGGAUUUGACGGAGAAGAAGGAGCAGUUGCAUAUAUACCCCAAGGCGAAGACGCUGCAGGAGCAGGCUGUUUGGGACUUUAUCAAGAGUCCGGAGGGACAAGGUCUAGAGAUUGCGGUGAUAUGUCCCGGUGCUAUCUACGGUCCCACGCUGAGUAAGGAGUAUGCCUCCAGUCUCAAGCUCAUUGGCAUCCUCCUGGGCGGCAUGCCCGGCGUCCCUCAAUACGGCACAGCCAUGGUCGACGUCCGAGACGUCGCAGAUCUCCAUAUCAAAGUAAUGGAGAGCCCCAAAACCCACGCCCAAAAGUACCUCGCCAUCUCCGGCCGUGCAGACGAAAUCGAACCAGCCAGUAACUGCGUAUGUGAAUUCGUCAGCAUGGUCAGAGCGGCGGAUAUUCUGAGGAAGAAUCUGCCAGCUGAGAAGACUUCAAAGCUUCCCACGAGGACUCUGCCAAAUUUUGUUAUGCGGGCUGCUGGAUACUUUGACCCGGUGGUUGGCGUUUGUCUGCCUGACUUGGGCAAAGAGUUGGCGGGCUCGUUUGUGAAGGCGAGGAGUGAGUUGGGCUGGCAGCCGAGAUCUGUUGAUGAGGCGCUUCUUGCGAGUGCGAAUAGUCUUAUAGAGUUUGGGGUGGUGUAG